AUGUGUCACCGUCGUGGCGGAUCGCCGGGUAUAGGACGGGGCGUGCAGAGAGGGAGAGAAGAUGGCAAGAGGGAGAGAGAGAGGGAAAGGGAGAAAGAAGGGGAGGGUGAUUUUAUGCGCGGCACCGAACGUCCGAGUCGAAAAUCUAGACGGCACCCGCAUACACCCACAUCUCUUUCCUCUUUUUUCUCUUUUCUGUCCAUCGUGCCGCCCCACCCAUCCCUCGCACGCCUCAAGAAACAGGCUGCGCGCGAAAAACACAACAAAAAACCCGACAUCGGCGCCUGGCUCGCCAACGCUGCCCCGACGUCCCCGAUCGACGACGACAUGGACGACGAUCGCAGCAAAUCAUGGGACAGAGACGCCCUCUUCGACGACUGGCCCCGUUCCCUGCAGUUCGCGCACAAUAAUCUGCUCACGAGCAGUACGAAACUGCGUGUAGAAUUCUUGAAUGGCGAGCUGCUACCGCUCGCCAAGGCUGGGAAUAUGAACCUCAGCCAGACGAUGGACGUGUUUAAGCUCCUUGUGGAGACGUAUCCGCGGUACGUCGACACUGCAUCCCGCGACGCCGUAGAGGACGUCGGCAUGGCCCUCGUCGCACACGACCAGUCUCUCCCGCAACAAGACCGCCUCGGCGUCGCAGACCACGUCCUCAGCUGGCUCGCCAACGAGACCUCGCAAAUAUCAAAACGCGGCGCGCCGUCCGCAUACGCCCCCGCCAACAUCUUCGUCCUCCUCUCGUGGUGCUCCGCGCUCUACUCCACCCUCCUGCGCUCGGAUCCAUCAUACCCCACCGCAUCGCAGGGCUGGAUACCGCUCGUCGUGUCCCUCGCUGCGCUGCUCGACCUCCAGCUCACGCGUGGCACGCGCACGAAACCCUCCAUGCGCCGUGCCGCGCUCGUGCGCACGCGUCGGGCGCUGCGGACGUCCCCACCCGCGCUGUCAGUGCUCAUUAGCACGCUCGUGAGGCAGGCAAAGGGAAGCCAGGGCCCUGCGGGUCUCGUGCAGAUUCCGCUGCUGGGCACCGCGGUGGAUGUGAGCGUGCGGCUGAAGACGGGGGACGCGGGAUUGCGCACGAUAAGCGAGGAGAAUAAGAACGAUAUUCUGGCGCUGUACACGUCCACCGUGGUCAUGGCCAAAACGCCCGUCCCGCCACACGCGUCGAGCGUGCUGCACGAUUUCAUCCAGCACGCGGUCACACCCGCCGAUCUCGAGACCACCGUCCUUCCCGCGAUGGAGAAGGCGCUCCUCCGCUCCCCCGAGCACGCGCUCUCCGUCGUCACCGACUUCUUCACCGCCUACCCGCACCCGCUCCCCGCGCCCGUAUUCUCGAAACUCGUAGCGGCCGCUCUGGCCUCUGCGAAAUCCACAAACGCGCUCGCCCGCGCGGGCGCCGUCGCGCUCUUUGGCACCAUCGCGUCCUCGGCGUGUGCACCGCAAGACGCCGACGGCGGCGGCGACGACGAAGGCGGCCGUGCGAUGCUGCUGGAGAAAGCGGCGGCAGACAUUCUCGCUGCGCCGAAAGCGGGGAAAACGGCGGGCGCGGAGCAUAGAGCGGCGCUGUACGCGAUGCUCGGCGCGAUUCCUCCUCUCGCCAACGCCAACAGCGAGAGUAAAAGCGGGGGUGCGGGCGCGGGCGCGAGCAGGGAGAUCGUGCGUGCUGCGCCGGGGCUCGUUGCGAAAGAGACGAGCGAGCCUGUGAUGCGGGUGCUUGCGGGCGCGCUGGGUGUGCAUCUGGGGUGUGUGCUGAGUGAGGCGGUGGACGAUGUGGAGGGUGCGAGGGGCGCUGCUGCUGCGCUGGGGAAGGAGAUCGCGGGCAGCGGCUCCAGCGGGAGUGCGGGUGCAGGUUCCAGUGCGGGUGCGAAGGCGGGCGUGCGCAGGGCGUGUGUGGGGGCCGUCGGGACUGCUAUCUGGGGCUCGCCGUCUGUCUCCCCCGUCGCCGAGGGCAAGAAGAAGAAGAAUCUGGGAGGAGACGGGGAGGGGAAUGGCGAUGCGGCGGAGCAGAAGACCGAGGCCGCGGUGAAGGAGAAGGAGAAGAGCGUGCUCGGUACCGCUGCGGGCGCCGAGUUUGCCAGGGGCCUCGUGGGCGCGUUCGAGGGGGCGCUGAAGAGUGUGAGCGCGAGUCCGCUCGCGGCGCCUGCGGGGCCGCUGGAGGGGUAUGUGGGUGUUGCGUGCGUGUUGGGGCCGAUGAGGGAUAGUGGGCGGUUUGACGACGUCAUCAAGAAGCUCAUCCCUGUUGAUAUGCUCGUCGGGACGCAGGCGAAGCCCGGGUUCUUGGUGUGGGACAAGGUAUACGGCAAACUCACCGACCCGGUCGAGGAGGAGUGGCUCGUCCGCGCUGCAGGCGUCGCGCUCGAGUAUCUCGCUGUGGAGCUGGGCAAGAACGAGGGGCUGAGAAUUCAAUUUGGCGCGCUCCUGACCCAUCUGACCGUGCACACGCCGCACGCGUUUGUGCGCCGCGCGGCGCUGAAGAUGCUGGUGCGGCUCGUGAGGCGCCAUCCGGCGCUGGUGAACCGCGUUGUGAGGGAGAGCGUUGUUGCGUCGCUGACUACGCCUCCGAAAGAGGCCAAGGAGAAAGCGAGGUCUCCGGCGUCCGCUUCUGCAGCGGCGGGCGCGAAAGGAAAGGAGAGGGACGCAGAUGAGGGCGCAGAGGGCGAGAAGAAGGGACAGGGCGCGGCGGAGAAGCAGAAGCGGUACGCGGCGCUUGUUGUGGCGCUCGCUGAGGUCUCCGCAGGUGUGGCCGGGGGCGACACGGAGGGGCGGGAGAAGGUCGAGCGCGCGAUGGUGGAUCUGCUGGUGCUCGCGCACCAUCGGGCGAUAUGCGGCGCAUCGUCCACCGCGCAUCUGCUGUGGAUCGAUCUCCUCCGACACGCGGCGCUCGACCCUGCGUCGCUCGUCGCGGGGCACGCGGAGGCGCUGGUGCACGCCGUUGUGCAGGCGACGAUGCUCGAUCCGAAAUAUGGAUUUGACGCGGCGGGGUAUGCGGCGCUGAGCACGCUCGCGUUCGUGUGUCCCGCGGAGGUGCUGCCGCGCGUGAUGCAGCAGCUGAGGGAGGAUCUGGAGCCUGCGAAGCUGAGGGCGCUGAGUGAAGAGGAUGUGGGGAUGUGGAGGACGCAGGAAGGGGUGUUGUAUGUCGACGUGCUGUCGCAGCAGAAAGACGAACCCUCGGCGCCGCGAAAGGGCAAAGACGCGGACAUUGCGAGAUGGGAAGCCGAUCUCCGCAAGUCCAUAUCGUCCAAGAAGUCCGCCGCUUCAUCUUCCUCGCCGGCGCUGUCGAAACAAGCGCAGGCGCUCGUCCAGGCGCAGCUCGAGAAGGAGGCCGCCGUGCGCGCGCGUGUCGCCUCCGUCGUGCUGGGCCUCAAGCGCGGACUGGCGAGCGUGAGAGCGCUGGUCAGCUUGGAUAUUCCCGAGUUGGCGGAGUACGUUGAGGGGAUUGUGGGGUUGCUGUCGGAGGGCGCGAUGGAGGUCGGGCCGGGGCUGGUUGGCGGGGAGGUGUUUGAGACGUAUUUGGAAUUGUCGAAGGCUGCGUCGCCGAGGUUGGAUACCCUUCGUACGUGGGUAGGCGUCGCGAGUCUGAGGUGUCUCAAGCCUGCGUGUGUGCCCGAGGAUAUGCAGGCUGAGCCUCUGAAUUCGCUGCUAAUCCGGGUGUUGUACCGCCUUCGCUCGUUAUCAGAGCAAAAACCGUUCGAUGCGGCGACGUUUUGCUAUACUUUCCCGCUCCUCGCGCAUAUUAUGCGCGUCGGCGGCAUCGGCGGCGCUUCUGAGAACGAAAAGGACGCGGAGGACGAGCGACUUGAGCAGGUCACGCUCGUGUUGGACGUGUUGAGGUUCCACGCCAGCGAGUUCUCGGAUAAGGCCUUCCCGCGCCGCGACACGUUACUGCGUCUGCUAGAUGUCAUCCGAUUCCAGCCACGCUUGAGCAAGGACGCGUCGAGUAUCCUUACGGACCUCGGCCAGGCUGUACAGGCGACCGCAUCGCAGGAGGAGGUCAUGGUCCUCGUGAACGGGACACUUUACCAAGAGGUGUACGUGAGGAAUUCGUGUCUCCAGGCCCUUCAGCUGUGGAUUGCGUGUCAUGACGAGGACGAUCAGAACGCACGGCUUGCGAACCAUGUGUGGGACGAUAACGGGUUGGAUGUGCCAGAGGCGUUCUUAGAUCAGCUGUUGCCGUACCUGGAUCACGACCACGCAUAUGUGCGGGCGAGCACGGGUCUUGCGAUCGCGGAGGCGGUGGAGCUGCAUCCACAGAGCAUUGAUGGUGCGUUGAAGACGCUUCAGGAGUUUUACCGGGAUAAGGCCAGGAUUUUGGCACCCGAGUAUGAUCAAUAUGGCAUGGUUAUCGCGCAGAGCUUGGACCGAGCAGAUCCCUGGCUCACUCGUGUGGCCAUUUCCAAAACUCUCGAGCACCUCGCUCCUUCCUUCACCCCAGAUCAAGUCGAGCCCUUCUUCGUCUUCCUCAUCAAGGACGAGGCUCUCGGCGACCGCACCCCCGAAGUCCGCAGGAGCAUGCUCCAAGCCGGAACAGCCAUCAUCGACCAGCACGGCGCCGACCGCCUCGCCGGCCUGCUCAAAACGUUUGAAGAGCACCUCGGCGGCCCAAGCCCAGCCAACGAGACGGGCGACCAGAUUAAAGAGGCCGUCGUCAUCCUCUUUGGCCGGCUCGCGCGCCAUCUUGAUGCCUCAGACGAGCGCAUCCCCUCGAUUGUCGACAGGCUCGUUGAGGCGCUCAAGACGCCGAGUGAGCAGGUGCAGAUGGCCGUCUCGGAGUGUCUUACGCCGCUCGUCGCGCUUAUGCGGCCGCGCGCCAAGGCGCUCGUGGAUCAUCUGUUUACAGAACUGUUCGAUGCGCCGAGGUACGCGGCACGUCGUGGGGCGGCGUAUGGCCUCGCUGGCGCCAUCAAGGGCCUCGGCAUCGGUGCGAUGAAGGAGUUUGACGUGAUCAACAGGCUCAAGGCGGCCGCGGAGGACAAGAAGCGGUUUGAGCCGCGGCAGGGAACGACUUUUGCGUUUGAGACGUUGUCGACGACGCUCGGGCGGCUGUUUGAACCAUACAUCACGUUCAUUCUGCCACUACUUCUUUCGGCCUUUGGUGACUCGACGGGAGACGUCCGCGAGGCUGCUCAGGAUGCGGCACGUGUUAUCAUGGCGAAUAUGUCGGCCUUCGGUGUGAAGCAGAUUCUCCCUCUGCUGCUCUCUGGGCUGGACGAGAAGCAAUGGCGCUCGAAGAAGGGAUCAAUUGAGCUGCUGGGUAUGAUGGCGUACUGUUCGCCGCGGCAGCUGUCGCUGUCGCUUCCCAUCGUUAUCCCGAGGCUUACUGGAGUCCUCACGGACACCCACGCGCAGGUGAAGGUAUCGGCGAACAAGAGUUUGAAGCAGUUCGGCGAGGUCAUCACCAACCCCGAAAUUCAAUCCUUGGUUCCUAUUCUUCUCAAAGCGCUCGUAGACCCAGGGAAGACUUCGAAUGCACUGGGGUCGCUACUCAAGACGUCCUUCAUGCACUACAUCGAUCAUUCAUCCCUUGCGCUCGUCAUACCGAUUAUCGAGCGUGGUCUCCGUGAACGUGGUGCCGAUACCAAGAAGAAGGCUGCUCAGAUUGUCGGUAACCUUGCUUCGCUGACGGACUCAAAAGACUUCGUCCCUUAUCUUAACACCCUUUUGCCAAUGGUUCACAUCGUUCUCGUCGAUCCGGUCCCAGAAGCUCGCGCAACGGCGGCAAAGACCCUCGGUACCCUCGUUGAGCGACUCGGCGAGAUCCAUUUCCCCGACCUCGUACCAGGUCUCCUACGAACGCUCAAGACUGACACAUCAGGCGUCGACAGGCAAGGUGCCGCUCAAGGUCUCAGUGAGGUCCUCGCUGGCUUGGGCAUGGAACGCUUAGAGGCUCUGCUCCCCGACAUCAUCGCGAACGCACAGUCGCCGCGGAGUACGGUCAAAGAGGGAUUCAUGUCGCUGCUUGUCUUCUUGCCCGCAACGUUCGGAACGCGAUUCCAGCCGCACUUGCCAAAGAUCAUCGCUCCCAUUCUCGGGGGUCUAUCCGACCAGGAGGAGUCCGUCCGCGAAGCGGCGAUGCGCGCCGGGCGGAUGGUCGUCACGAACUAUUCGAACAAGGCAAUCGACUUGUUACUUCCCGAGCUGGAGGCCGGUAUGUUCGACCCUGGGUGGCGCAUUCGGCAAUCGUCAAUCACACUUGUCGGAGAACUUCUCUUCAAGGUAUCUGGUAUCAGCGGAAAGAACGAGAUCGAUGAAGACGAGGAGGGUGGUGAAGCAGCCGACGCUGCACAUGCCGAGUCGUCCAGACGUGCUCUCAUUGAGGUCCUUGGGGCAGAGCGUCGCGAUCGUAUCCUUUCCGCUCUCUACCUCGCCAGGCAGGAUACCGUCAAUGUCGUGCGCCAAUCGUCGAUACACAUUUGGAAGGCGCUUGUUCAUAACACGCCACGGACUGUUCGCGAAAUUCUGCGUGAACUUGUUGCUCAGGUCGUCAGACUUAGCUCUAGCGACGAGUUUGAGCAGCAGGAGACCGCGACGCGCACGACCACGGAGUUGACUCGCAAAUUCGGAGAAAAGAUCCUUGGUGAAAUUAUAUCCAUUCUCAAGAACAUGUCGACAUCAUCGGACUCGCGCACUCGUACAGGUGUUUGCCUGAUGAUGUGCGAUGUCAUGGAGAACUCAACAGACAACCAACGCGAUGGACACGAAUCGACGAUUGUCUCCAUCGUGCGCUCGUCACUUGUGGACGAUGACGCUUCCGUUCGCACAGCCGCCGCCAAAGCGUUUGACACCCUCCAAGAGCAUCUGGGCGGGAGAGCAAUCGACCAGACCAUCCCAACGCUCCUGGAGGCGCUGCGGCAACCAGGCGAAAGCUCCGGCACAGCCCUCCAGGCCCUCAAAGAGGUUAUGUCGGUUCGGGCGUCUACAGUGUUCCCCGUUCUCAUUCCUACCCUCAUUGCAACCCCGAUGACCGUGUUCAACGCACAUGCUUUGGCAUCCCUCGUCACUGUGGCUGGCAACGCACUUAGCAAGCGCCUAACCGUCUUGUUGAACGCCCUUGCCAAGGUUCUCGAGGAAGAGAAAGACGAGGAGGUUGUUGAGGCCGUCGAAGAGGCUCUCAAUUCUCUUCUAGAAUCUAUCGAGGACGCUGAAGGCUUGAACACCCUGAUGCUCCUCUUGCUUGGAUGGGCGAAGCACGCAUCUCCUAAGAGGCGUAUCAGCGCAUGCAACAUAUUCGCGACGUUCUGCGAGGUUUCUGAGCUAGAUUCGUCACUAUACCGCGUCGAUUGGGUCCGUCAGUUGAUUUCCCUAUUCGACGAUCCAGUGGUCGACGUCCACACUGCCGCCUGGAAGUCCUUCGACGCGUUCGUCAAGUCCGUUCCGAAGGAUGAAGUCGAGCCCCUCGUUGUUCCACUACGCCGGACCAUCGACAGCACCGGUGGUCCCGGAAGGAAUGUUCCUGGUUUCAGCCUCCCGAAGGGCGUUGCUCCCACCGUGCCGAUCAUCAUCGCAGGUCUGACAACGGGCAACAACGAGCAGCGCGAGAACGCAGCCUACGCGAUCGGCGAGCUCGUCCAGCGCACAGAGGAGGCCGCCAUGAAGCCGUUCGUCGUGCCCUUCACCGGACCCCUCAUUCGCGUGGCGACGCAGGCGGCGACGUACCCUCCAGCCGUUAAGACGGCGAUUCUCAGCGCGCUUCAAUCAAUGCUCUUGCGCAUCCCUGUGCACGUCAAGCCGUUCUUCCCUCAGCUGCAGCGUACGUUCGUCAAGUCAGUCGGAGACGCGUCGAGCACUGUCGUUCGGACAAGGGGUGCGGAGGCGCUCGGCGUGCUCAUGCGCAAUCAGCCGCGUGUGGAUCCUGUCGUAACGGAGCUUCUGGCCGGCGCGAAGGGAAGCGAUGACGAGAUUGCGUCUAGCUUCGUGCUUGCUUUGUCGUAUGUCGUCCACAGUUCGACCAUCCAUGGAGGCAUAGGCGAGAAGGCGAAGGAGUCAUGUGCGGAGCUCGUCACUGACGCGUUCCGGGAAAGUCAUGGAGAUCACUACAAUCAGGCAUUGGGUGGGCUAGUCGCAGCCUUGGCACAAUAUCCCGACAUCCUCGGCCCUGUCGUAAAGGCCAAUCUCGUCUCUGGCACCCUGCAAUCUCCUCUUUCAUCCAACGUCAUCCUCGCCGUUAUAUCGUCAGAUGAAGAGCACUCCUACGCCCCCGAAGCAGACGACAACCUCUUCCAAAAGCUUGGCGUCCUUAAGGACGUUGCGCUCAAAGUCAAGGAGAGCGCCACCAACGAGCGUCCCAUCAUAGCGCGUCCAGCUCGCGAAGCACGCGAUAUUCUAAAAGCGUGGAGUGCCCACGAUGAAAGCCUAGCGGGAUUGUUCUGA